GUACUAUUGAAACUAGUGUGGGACAUAAUUAGUUUACCUUGUUGACUGGUGUGUGUAACGGGAGUCUCUAUUACUUUAACAUUUGUGGUUGAAGAGUGACCUCACUUAUCUUGAUCAGAGUUUACUGUCUCCUGUGUUUCUUUCUUGUUGACUGCCUAGACACACCAAACACGAUGACGGGCAGCAUAUCAACGGUAUUGGUGAACAUUGCGCUAGUUUUGAUGUUUGUCAUCGAGCUACAAUCCAUGCUAAGGUUACACAGGCAUGCUAAUUUGGACUCCAAGACGCUGCAUUUCAUAUAUCAGGCUUUCUUCAUCGUUGUUGUGCUGUAUUCGUUUGCAUCUAUUGACCUUUAUCAUUUCAAGCUAGUUGAAGCACCUCAGGAGAUGCUACCGAACGUCAUCAGCUCUGCUUGUCUAUUACUUGUAUCCGUUGCAUUCAUUAUUGGCGCAUACACAGCAGAACCUCUAGAUUCCUACACUGAUUUGGAGGAACAGCUCUUGUUAUCAUCCCAGUAUUACCACUCCACAAAUGGAGAUAUGGUGAGACAACAAGGUCCAAGAGUGAGUCUCGUGUCUAGUGAGGAUGUGCGUAUGAAGUCUCCGACGAGCACAGCGUUUACAACGACAACACUGGAUCUCAAUCACGACCAUAUACAUACCAAGGAUGCGAUGUCACCAAUGGUUAGGGGUCUUGAACAGGACUUUAGCUUAUCAACUCCUAGCAUACGAACACCACAGGGAGUCGACAACACUAGUCAGACACAUCCAAAGACGUCGCCAAUCUUGGCAACGUUACUAAGUGCACAUACAGCAAUGGCUUCCCAUGUGCACACGGGAGAAGCGUGGCAGUGGCAGGACCAUGAGACGAUGCCCUAUUGGAUGACCUCUCUACCAAUAAUCCUAUCGGUGAUGUUCUUGACAUCCCAGCUUCUCUAUGGGUUUGCGAUGCUCAAGACAAGUGUAUUCACCAAAUAUCGUGAUAUUAUCAUCCCGAGCGUUGUGAACCUCAUAGUAGGUACCGGAUAUCUACUCGCAACACUUUUGGGAAUACCCAUCGGUGAAGAUUCGCUUAUAAACUUCACGCAUAUGGCUACGUUGAACUACGUUGUAUAUACGUCGAUGUGUGUUCUCUCCAUUGGGGUUCUAACCUUGCAUUUCUAUGCAAGGUUCAAUAACAAAUCACCAGUGGGCAUACAUCAUGUACAGGUGUACCACUCCAUAGGAACUCCAUAGUAUGUUCCCUCAAAAUGACGUUCAUGAUGAC